UGGCAUUGCAUUAUGCCGCCUGCGAGAUCUGAGAAGAAGGGCGACCAAGACGACCGUCCUUGUCACCUGGAAGGGUCGAAAAGCGCUCCUGCUCUCCAGGAAGCAACAAUGGCGAUGCUGACUCGGAUAGUCCCCGCUCAUCGGCGCGUUCCUGGUUCAAGAAGACGAUCAGAGCACUGGCACGCUUUUGAGUUAGCAUCGAAGCAGGGCACUUUCAAACAGAAAAGUGAUCAGCGGGAGCGAAAGUGACUGAUCCCCUUGCAUGGAUCAGCGUCAUGACUUAUCCAAUCACGGCGGCCAUUGACCACACGAGAUCAUCUGCCGAGCGAGAUGUCUUUGAUAGCCGAGAUCCAUUCCGUAGCGUCAGCAUCCUCUCUAGCGGCCCUGAGAAAGGGGCCAACUGCUAGGGGGGCAACUCCGAGGAAAGGGCGCAGAAGGGGCGCAACCCCUCGCAAUUGCAUGGGGAGUCCUAGAGGUUUUAGGGCUGCGUAUGGAAGCCCCAAGUUCCGCAAGAAUGGGGGGGUCUUCUCCAGGUCAAAAGUGAUUCCCAUCUCAAAGCGGCUGCAAUUGACGGGGAUCCAGAGAUCGCUGAGCAGGCAGUUCUCAAAAUCGCUGCACUUUAAGCUGUCUGCUAGGAUUGACGCAGCGCAAGAAGACGGAGACGAGCCGUAUCUGCAGGUCAGGGGGCAGUUGUUUGGGGAUGGAACGCAGGGCAGUCUCUCUCUGGGGGCGGUAUCGUCGGAAGUGUUCGGAACGUCUGAAUUUGCAUUGCCCAAGAUUCGUACCGGGGGCCGCCUAGACCGUUCCCUCAGCUGGUACAAUCGCCGCUCCCUCAAGCGCUCCUCCACCCUUUCGCGUUGCUCCACCCUUUCUCGCGGAGCUAUGGCGUCUGCUGCAGUCUUAUCCGCCCCGGCCCCCGGUUCCGCAAAAGGCUCCUCCCAGAUCCCUGAGAAUGCUUUCCUUGGGGGGGGCGCCAAUCACUCCCAAAUCUCCCCCCCCCAGCUCGCAUCGCAGCUCUCCCUUGAGCAGAAGUUUGCGGAGGAGAUCCGGAACAGGGCGGAGGCGGCAAUUGCCGCCGCAAACGGGGGGCAAACCGCAGUGUUCAUCGAGCCCCCCCCGCUGUUCCACUCAUCACGGGAGCAGGUUGGGCUUGCUGAGUCGCUUCUACGGAAGCAGAUGUACAUAGAGACUGACGUCACAGUGGACGACACGGGUGUGAAUGCGCCCCUCCAAACGGAUGUCCCGGUGUAUGUGAUGUUGCCACUGGACACGGUUAGGAACGACGGGUUUGUGAAUAACCCGAGGGCGAUGGAGAUGGCGUUCCGGGCGCUGAAGCAGGCGGGGUGCACGGGAGUCAUGAUUGACGUCUGGUGGGGCAUAGCGGAGCGAAACGGACCGGGACAGUACGAUUUCGGUGCAUACAAGCACUUGCUGAACAUGUGCAAGGAAGCGGGGCUUAAGAUGCAGGCGGUGAUGUCAUUCCACGCGUGCGGCGGCAACGUCGGCGACAACGUCAACAUCUCACUCCCGCGCUGGGUCCUGGAGGCCGGUCAAGCCAACCCCGAGAUUUUUUACACCGACCGGCAAGGCCAUCGCAACCAGGAGUGUCUCAGCCUCUUCUCGGACGAGAACCCGGUGCUUGCCGGACGCACCCCCCUGGCAUGUUAUUCGGAUUAUAUGACGGCCUUUCGCGCUGCGAUGGGGGAAGAUUUUGGGACGGUGCUGACUGAGGUGGCGGUGGGAAUGGGCCCCUGCGGGGAGCUACGGUACCCUGCCUAUCCAGAGGGCGACGGCCGGUGGCGUUUUCCGGGCGUCGGCGAGUUUCAGUGCUACGACAAGCGCGCACUCGAAAGCCUGGCGCAAGCCGCGGCCGCGAUCGGGAAGCCGGAGUGGGGUAAGGGGGGCCCGCACGACGCGGGGGGGUACAACAGUCUGCCGCAUGAGACGGGCUUCUUCAACAAUGGGGGGAGCUGGGACACGCCGUAUGGGCGGUUCUUUUUGGAGUGGUACUCCCAAUCUCUGAUCAAGCACGGCGACCGUGUGAUGGCCGCCGCAUGCAAGGCGUUCUACGGAGCGGAAUCGUUCGAGGGCCCGAAGCGGAAACAAAAGCAGGGGGAGGCAAAGGUCAGCCUCAAGUGCGCAGGAAUUCACUGGUGGUACAAGAGCCGGAGCCACGGGGCGGAGCUGACGGCGGGGUACUACAACACAAGAUACAGGAACGGCUACGCCCCCAUCGUUGAGCUGUGCCAGCGCUACUCCGCGGACUUCAACUUCACGUGCGUUGAGAUGAAAGACUGCGAGCAGCCGGAGUUUGCACGGUGCGGACCGGAGGAGCUCCUGAAACAGGUGCGCGUGUGCGCCGCGCAGAAGGGCGUGCCGAUGGCGGGGGAAAACGCGCUGAGCCGGCUAGACGACCAGGCCUACGAGCAGAUCCUAAACACGACAUGCUGCACCGGGAUCGAGCUCGACGAGUUGGACGAAGAAGGGCAGGCGCGGAAGGUGAAGCACGUGGUGCCGCUGAUGAGCGCGUUGACAUUUUUGCGGCUAUCCCCCCAGCUCCUAGAGGAGCGCCACUUCAGCCGGUUUGUACAGUUCGUUCGGGGCAUGAAGGAGGCCAAUGGGAAUAAGCCCCUCCAAGUGACGCACCCUAAUCUAGUUACGAUUCCAGCGGCCCAGCCCGCUAAGGUGUGAUAUAGCGACGUGAAUACAGCCUCCUUUCUUGCACGGUAGCUUGACAGCAUAUUGCAACAGCACACAGCAAGCAUACCGUCAUGAUCAAAGAUCAUAGACAUAGACUCCUAGGGAGGUUAAGUUUUUGGGGACCGAAAGGAUGCCCAGAUCAGUCAAAGGAGACGAUUGAGGUCUUACGAUAGGCUUACUAACAUAGUACGACAAUAGUUGGAUUGACCAUUUAAUCUCACUCAUGCAGCUGACCUAGACUCUAAACUUUGUGCAACCUCAGUGUAUUGCUGGGCAAAAGACAACCUAGACGCUGAUAUAUCGAGCUGACAUCCGGGCAUGCUGAUCGAAUGAUAAGUUGGACUCGCGGUUGUAGCACAAACUUCAGUUUUGAAAGUAGCGUUGCUAUUUCUGC